UUGGGUUAAUGAGUAACUGCAAAGACAAACUUUAAAAGUGGGUUCAGGCCAGUCGGUGCUCAUUCAACACUCGGGAAUUAACCAGCAUCACAAGAAUCUCACAAUUGUUAAAAUGAAGCGAUUUACUCUCCUCCUCCUCUGCUGCUGUAUCUUUUGUGGGAGCAGAGCAAACCGGGUCUAUGUUCACCCUUUCAACCUAUUUGCUGCUGAAAAUGUCAGCUGUGAGACUCUGCAGCCCCAGAACAAAUCUUUGGAGACCAUCGCCAUUGUACCCCUUGAUAUGAACGUCCUGACACCGGACACAAGGAACAUGUCCCAAGUGGACACUCAGAGACAGAACAUCAGAGAGACGACAGCCGUUUUAGCAAAGCAGUUGAACUCAGUGGGCCUGAGGAUGUACCAGGCACUUAGUGGCAAACAGCAGAGCAGCAACACGCUCUUAUCUCCAGUCAACACAUAUGGCUCCCUCGUCACACUUUACUUUGGAGCAUCCAAGAAAACAGCCAGGUCUUAUCAGCUCCUCCUGGGGCUGAGCAGUGACACUGACCGUGAGGACUGUGUGUCUUUGGUGGAUGGACACAGAGUGCUGAGGACUCUGCAGAGUAUCAACUUUCUGGUGGACGAUGGGCCGAAGGAUGAGAUCAGCACUCAGGUGUGGGUGUUCACUCCCUCACACACACAGCUGUCUGUAGACUUUGUCCACGGCACACAGGACUUCUCCGACUCCUCCUUCAUCCGCAGUCUGGACUUCUCCAACACACAGGAGACAGAGCAGCAGAUCAACAGCUAUGUAGAGAAGACAUCAGGAGGCAAAGUAGAAAACAUCUUCACUGAACUAAACACAAGCAGCAACCUGCUGUUUCUCAGCUCUUUCACUUUCCAAGGUAACUGGAAAACAGUCUUUCAGUCUGAAAAAAACUCAGAGCAAGAGUUUUAUGUGGAUGAGACAACCACCAUCAUGACUCCAGUGAUGACGCAUACAGGUCCCUACCACUACCUCAAUGAUAAGGUUCGGCGCUGCACAGUGGUCAAGUUGUCUCUGAGUAAGAGAUCCUAUAUGUUACUGGUCCUGCCCCAUGAAGGCACCAGCCUGAGAGAAAUUGAGUCCAAGCUGCUUACUGUUAUAUCCUUCUGGACAGAAAACCUGCAGGAAGGUCUGCUAGAGCUGUCACUGCCAAAGUUUUCCGUCUCUGCUGUGAAUAAUCUGCGUGACCUUCUGACCAACAUGGAUCCAGAGAUUGAGGCCAAACUGUUGGGUGCUCAGGCCGAAUUUAGCCAACUCAGCAACACAAAACCCUUCACUGUCGAUAAGGCCCUCAACAAGGUGACGUUUGAGAUGUCAGAAGAAGAUACGGAAGCUCAAACCAAGACUCAGGAAGGUGGUAUCCCUCUGAAACUGCCCAUCAACCGGCCUUUCUUCUUCUCAGUCAUAGAGGAAGAAUCUGGUGCUAUACUGAUGCUGGGCAAGAUCACUAAUCCUGCCCUCUAAAAUGCACCAUACAUGCUAAAUAGGACUUACGGCACUAUUUUUAUAAUGUACUACACCACAUAGGAAUAUUCUUAGAAACGUGAAGGGUGAGAACUUGUAACUUCAGUAUUUAUAAAUACCACAAAAUGUAAGUGGUUUGUAUAUUAUGUAUCACAGCAGUGUUCGGAUACUAUGACUAUAGUUUUGUACUAGUGCUUACUUAAUGUAAGUGUCUGUUCUUGAUGAUGUAAAAUUUCUAAAAUAAAUGUCUUUCUAAAAACUUGAGAAAGAAAUUCCUUAUCUUUAUAUGUACAUUCAAUAUCACAUACACUACAAUACUUAAAAACUAUUCUGAACUGGUAAUCAAAAAUGUAUGACAUAAAUAGUGUAAAAUAUUUCAAUAAACCAAAUUUAUUGACACAUUACAU